CAAAGACAUGCCAAAAUAUAAUGAAGAAACCAGGUCUUCCCUAAUUCUUUGCCAUACGUUUCAUGUGUUUAUCAGUUUCUUUCGGUUUGGUUUUAAACCGUUUCCUCACCGGGGCAAAGGGGGGGGGGAGCGUAAUGUGGAGCAUGCGCUGCAGCUCCGAGUUCCACGAAUAUGAUUAAGGUAAUGGAGGGAUAGGGUAGGGUGGUGCGAGGGAGGGUAACGGACACACGCCCUACCCAACCCUACGUCAGCGUCAUAGCGACUGUAAAAUCCGACAGUUUUUACUUUUAAGACUUACUUAGACUUUUACCAGGACGAGUGCACUAGCUCACGACUCUCCAGAUGCAAACCGCGCCUACGCCUCCACUGAAUGCAAACCCGGAUGGCGUGUUACAAUGCUGCGACGAAACCUCCGAAGAAAAAAAAACGAAAAAAAACUGCACCAGCCGCGAGAAAAGGUGUGGAUGGGCUGACAACCGGAGGGGAAGGGGGGCGGGACGUACACGCUAAGCUCUGUCGACUAUUGCCUGACUACUCACGGCCAUGUCCACCAUGCAAGGCGGCCACCACCGGACACUACUGAACGGACUAGCCCCGGAGCCAGCACGAUGCAGCAUGGCGAUUCCCGGGCUGGUGCCGUUGCUGUUGACCGUCGUCCUCGGUGCGGUGGCGGCCAGGAGGCGCGCCAACAGCACCUACCUCGAGUUCCGGCCCAGGUUCCUGCGGCCGUGCGUGGGCGAGCGCGACAACGCCCUGGUGGCGAUGGACGUGACCACCGCGACGUACGAGAAGCGCGGCCGCACCACCGUCGUCUUCAGCGUGAACAUGACCUACAGCCGGACGGCGGACCAGUGGUACAAGGGCGUGGGCGUGAUCGAGAAGUGCGACCAGAUCGUGUCCGCGGCCACGUGCAGGGUCUUCAGGGUGCUCGAGACUAAAGACAUCUGCGGCCUGAUGAUGAACCCCGCCAUGCCCUGGUUCAAGAUCGUAGAGGACGUGCAACCCAAGCUGAGCUGUCCCAUCACCGAGGGUUCGUACACGCUGUCCAACGGCAGGAUGUCCCUGGACCUGCUCAGCGCCCUGAGCGGCACGCUCCAGCUGGAGGGCCCCGUGUGGCGGCUCCGCGGCCACAUCGUCAACUCGCGGGGGGCCCUGCAGUUCUGCAUGGACGCCGCCGGCGAGCUGUUCCGGGUGCGGAAACGACGGAAGAAGACCUCCUCGGAGCAGUGACGGGCGGCGCCGAACGUCCUUAUCCGCGCGUGAGGCGAAACGAGAACCUCGCAUGUUUGAGAAAGUACAAGCGAAAUAUAGUGGGGAAGCGAG